AGCCUGCCACCGGACAGUGCUCAGUGUAACGCAGAAAAACACCCGGUCGUCUUCCGGUGUAAACAUCACCCGGAGGUUUGAAUAAAUUCACCGAUAACUUAACAAUAGCGAUACAUUAAAAAGUCUGUGUUAAUGACAGUAUAUUAACGCACAAGGUUAGUUGUCGUUGUUGUUCUACACACUUAGUGAAUGAAGUAAUGGAAGGACCGCCGCAGUUACCACCUGAACUUUGGGUUUAUGUGUUUAGCUACCUUAGCACAGAGGAAAAACACACUGUUCGCUCUUGUUGUAGGUACUUGAAAAAGCUUAUCGACCACCCAUCCUUGUGGAAGGAUUACACGUUAGUAAUGUCUGAACUGCGUCGCUACACCUACGGUUUCUGGCACACAUUAAAUUACCGAAAACUCACCCGGGUGGCUGUGCGACACUUGCGGCGAAAAGAGUGGAGACGUCUUGUCAAGUUCCUUCCGUCGCUUACGGCCAUAGUAUUUGUAGAUGGGGGGAGACAGUAUAAAGAGAAAUACAUGGACAACCUUGCCCGAUUUCCUAACCUUCGGUACCUGGGGGUACGGAACGCCACCUGGGAUGAAGCGUUGCUUGGCCGUAGCCUGAUGGAGCAUCUUCGAGAAAGACUUACUCACCUUAGCGUGUGCAACGUGCGGCUGCCCAGUACUGUGGAGUUCAUACAAACGGUGUCGCAGCUGGACAACCUGCGGUACCUUCUUUUCCACCAGCAGAGUGAGGGUUACGGGCUGGACACAGUAAGGCCUGUGCCCUGCAGCGACUUUCACACCAUGAUGCUAAAGCUGAAAAAGCUCAAUCACCUGUCUUGGGGGAUGAAGGGUGAGCCACCAGAGCCGCUUCCCGACGACUACUUGAGUCCACCGGAUCCAGACCAGCCUGGCGUAUCUUCGUAUGGUGGCCCUGCGCUGACCAGCCUGGAGCUUGUGGACUACCCAGAGACCAUACUUCCUGAAAAUGCUCUGAAGAGUCUGAUCUCGCUAAGGUCUCUUGCUAUCCGCUAUAGGUACAUCAGAGAAGGUAUUGAGUGUCGACUCAGGUCCUGGCUAAGCCCUCUGCGACAGCUGGAAUCACUCACCAUCAUUGGUGGUAAUUCCCUUGCUACAUAUACAACUACCAUCCCGCCCAGUGUCACCAGGCUGACACUGAGAGUCGCCAUAACUCUGAAAGACAUGGACUCCAUUGCACCUAAAGUUCCAGGACUUGAGCACCUGGACAUUGAGCAGAACCGUUCUAGCGGAAGCCUCUGCAGACGAAUCCCCAUGCUAUUUCCUCAACUCAAGACUCUUAGGAUACGAUUUUUCCGCCGAGAGCCAGAGAAAGACCUUCUAAGUCUCCACAAACUUCGACACCUGGUACAGCUGGAGCUACUGGUUGAGCGUUCAUUUAUCCUGAGAGAUUACCUUAAUGGCCACCCCUGGCCCAGCCCCUGUGUGCAGGAGCUUAUAAAUGAGCUUCGGGAGCUGUCCGAGAACAGGAUCACAGUCAUCACGACAAUGCGGCAGAGAAACCUUCUACGAGAGUGUGACUGUUUGUGGGAAGGGGACUGAUGUGCAAAUUUGAGAAAAAAUAGUUAUCAAAUUCUUAUAGCGCUACACAAAAGGACACUAUUAGCAAUGUUUAUUGGUUACUGAUGCAGUAGUUGGCUCUAUUCCUGAGGUAAAACAUCAUUCUACAUGUAAGCAUUUAUUAACAAACUGAAUUUCAAAUCAGUGGUUUAGAGGAUUUAUACACCAUUUAGCUUAUUUCAAACUGAUAAAAUACCAGCUAAAACAGAUUUCUGUGAUUGUCGGCUAGAAACCUGAAGAGGCACACUUUAGGUGAAAAUUCUAUGGCACUGAAAUUCUAAAAUCUAUUGCAUUACAUGUGCCAAUGCAGCAGGAGUCUGGCAUUGUGUUACAAAAUUGUUGAAUAUUAAAAUAAACUUAUUCAGUUCACUUAGAUUUUUAAACACAUAAUUAUCUAAGUUUUGAAAGUACUACAUUAAUUGGUUAAAGAAGCAAAAAAAAAAGUAAGUUUUUAGGAUACAUUUUAUUUAUUUUCAGAUUUUAUGCUUUAUGGAUACAGUCUGACUAUAGACAUGACAGGUAUUAUGAAGAGUUUGUUCCACCUACUAUGUAUCUUGAGCUUUUAAGAGAAAUUGUUCCAAGUCAUGAAGUGAAAUGGCUACAUUUUGUUUUUGCCUUCAGUUUAUUAUUAUACUUUAUUCACAUUUAGACCAUUUGUUAAACCAUACUUGACAUGUUACUGGCAGCAAUAUUAGUUGAUGGGAUGGCUUUCAUUUCAAGGAGUUUAAUAAAAGCAACAUGGGUCAUGUA